AUGUUGCUGCGUGAACGUUUCGGCCUGAUCGCUCACAUUUUCAGAGUUCCUCCUGAUUAUCCGGAUCCAUGGCCUUAUAAAGAGAAGGGAUGGCACUAUAUUGAUAUGCUGAAAGAUCGUACCAAACCUCAUUUCCAUCAAAACUCGAAACUUAUCGUAUCAGUUCAAAAUGGAAGAUAUUCUUCAAUUGAUCGAUAUGGAAACGACCUGAGGAAGUUCUAUCACCUGUUUCCCGAGAGUUUCCGAAUACCUGACAUGGACAUGUUCUAUAAGAAUCCUAUGAGCGACCUGACAGCAAAGAUUGCAACAACGCAUAUUUUAGCGUUGUCGAUUCAGUUUUUUGAAUGCGGUGGCUCACAUUUUGAAUACAGGUAA